AUAAGCCCUGCUCUCACCCUAUUCUAAGAUUAGUUACUGUGAGAAAAGAAAAGAAAUGUCCAAUCUACUAUUCCUCCCAUUGAGAGAAAGAGAGGAAUGGAUAAUAAUAGCUUCGGAGGGAAUAGAGUUUGGAGGAGCGUGCCCGUCAAUUUAGGAGUAGAAAAGUAUAAGACACAGCCCACAAUAUAGAAUUAAGGUGGAUUUAUACCAGUUAGUCAGGCAUUCACAUUGAUGGAGGCUUGCAAGCCAGUCAUAAUGGUAUCGAUGGACUUAGAGACCAAGACAAUUCCCAAACCCAAAAUUGCAGUCAAGGUUUCCUUCCCUACCUUCAUUCCAUUUCUUACUCUGUAGCAUAAUAUAUCUAUCUAUAUAUACUCACAGUUCCAUUAAUGAGAAAUCAGAACACAAAAGAAUGGGUAUUACUACUUCCCUCUCAUAUCUUUUAUUCUUCAACAUCAUCCUCCCAACCUUAACGGCUUCUCCAAUACUGUUUCAGGGGUUCAAUUGGGAAUCAUCCAAAAAGCAAGGAGGGUGGUACAACUUCCUCAUCAACUCCAUUCCUGAACUAUCUGCCUCUGGAAUCACUCAUGUUUGGCUUCCUCCACCCUCUCAGUCUGCUGCAUCUGAAGGGUACCUGCCAGGAAGGCUUUAUGAUCUCAAUGCAUCCCACUAUGGUACCCAAUAUGAACUAAAAGCAUUGAUAAAGGCAUUUCGCAGCAAUGGGAUCCAGUGCAUAGCAGACAUAGUUAUAAACCACAGGACUGCUGAGAAGAAAGAUUCAAGAGGAAUAUGGGCCAUCUUUGAAGGAGGAACCCCAGAUGAUCGCCUUGACUGGGGUCCAUCUUUUAUCUGCAGUGAUGACACUCUUUUUUCUGAUGGCACAGGAAAUCCUGAUACUGGAGCAGGCUUCGAUCCUGCUCCAGACAUUGAUCAUGUAAACCCCCGGGUCCAGCGAGAGCUAUCAGAUUGGAUGAAUUGGUUAAAGAUUGAAAUAGGCUUUGCUGGAUGGCGAUUCGAUUUUGCUAGAGGAUACUCCCCAGAUUUUACCAAGUUGUAUAUGGAAAACACUUCGCCAAACUUUGCAGUAGGGGAAAUAUGGAAUUCUCUUUCUUAUGGAAAUGACAGUAAGCCAAACUACAACCAAGAUGCUCAUCGGCGUGAGCUUGUGGACUGGGUGAAAGCUGCUGGAGGAGCAGUGACUGCAUUUGAUUUUACAACCAAAGGGAUACUCCAAGCUGCAGUGGAAGGGGAAUUGUGGAGGCUGAAGGACUCAAAUGGAGGGCCUCCAGGAAUGAUUGGCUUAAUGCCUGAAAAUGCUGUGACUUUCAUAGAUAAUCAUGACACAGGUUCUACACAAAAAAUUUGGCCAUUCCCAUCAGACAAAGUCAUGCAGGGAUAUGUUUAUAUCCUCACUCAUCCUGGGAUUCCAUCCAUAUUCUAUGACCACUUCUUUGACUGGGGUCUGAAGGAGGAGAUUUCUAAGCUGAUCAGUAUCAGGACCAGGAACGGGAUCAAACCCAACAGUGUGGUGCGUAUUCUGGCAUCUGACCCAGAUCUUUAUGUAGCUGCCAUAGAUGAGAAAAUCAUUGCUAAGAUUGGACCAAGGUAUGAUGUUGGGAACCUUGUACCUUCAACCUUCAAACUUGCCACCUCUGGCAACAAUUAUGCUGUGUGGGAGAAACAGUAAUCUGGGUCUGUAUUCGAUAUCGAAAAUAUAAUGUAUGGGAUUCCAUUACUAGUAUAAAUAUUGUCCACUCUAUACCCCGAAAGCUCUCAUUAGUCAUGACAGUCAUGAUUAUACAUAAAAAAAAAAUGUCAUGCACGUACCAUUUGUAAUUGGGCCAAAUAGGCCUAAUGGUCAUAACAUUUAUAAUAAUCCACUCCCUAUCAUAUUGAUAUUAUUUGUUUUGAAUUUAAUGGGCCGUCAUAAUAUUAAAACUCGUCUACAUCAUUACGAGAA